AUGAUUAACAUUGAAACUCUUUGCAGUUCCCCGAAAAUAUCAAAACAAAGCUUUGAAAUGCCUUCUGACAAACACCUGUUUGUCUUGAUUCACGGAUUAUGGGGGAACUAUAAGCAUAUGGAGUCCAUGAGGACAACCCUUUCCGCUACUUUGAAGAAGGAAGACGUCAAGGAUGAUAUGAUAUAUUUCUUACCGAAGCAGAACGCCAUGUUUAAGACGUUUGACGGUAUUGAAAUCAUUGGGUAUAGAACAUUGAUUGAAGUCUGUGAAUUUAUCCGGGACUAUAAAGAUGGAAAAAUCACCAAAAUCAGCAUAAUGGGAUAUUCACAAGGAGGAUUAGUGGCCAGGUUCAUGAUUGGUAAGAUGUUGACUGAAUUUAGAGAACUUUUUGAGGACAUUGAGCCGCAAUUAUUUAUCACCAUGGCAACGCCUCACUUGGGAGUAGAAUUUUAUAACCCCAUGGGCACAACUUAUAAAAGUGUAUUAUUUGCUACUUUAAGGGCAUUUGGAUCCACCAUCUUAGGCAAAAGUGGGAGAGAAUUGUUCAUUAAAAAUUCUAAUAACGAUAUACUAGUCAGACUGAGUCAAGAUGAGUACCUUGAGGCACUUUCGCGUUUUAAGUGGAGGUUGGCCUUUGCCAAUGUUAAAAACGACCGUACAGUAGCGUUUUAUACUGCUUUUAUCACAGAUUGUGACCCAUUCAUUGAUUACGAGAAUAAACUAAUGUACACUUUUGAGGAAAAAAUUCCAGGAUCGGAUUAUAGCGGCAUAUUACCAAAGAUUGUUGAUCUAAAUGCUCUAAACGUUAACAGCCAUGCUCCUACCAAACCAACUAAGACUUAUAAGAAGUGGCCCACCAUUAUUCUUAUAGUAUUUGUAGCUACGUUUUUUGUCUUCCCUGUAGCACUGAUUAUGAAUGGCCUGGGAACUGCGUAUAGUCAUAUUGUUACUUGCAAGUACCGUAAAAUGAUGUCAAAUGGUGCGUUUCAUACAGCGGUCAGAGGGAAGUUGGGAUUGACGGAACAGUUGAAGGGGUAUGUUGCAGAUGCAUAUGGUUCAAUUUUAAAUUCUGCUCUAGACACAGACACAAAUAAUGAGGCAAGCAACAGCAGCGCUGUCAAUGAAGAGGAGCUUCCUUGGAAGGAGUUUGUCGAAAAAUACUCGACUAUGAAUGACGGUGCUUGGAAAACUGGAUUCAAAAAAUUACCUUUUGAUGACAGCCGGAGGACAAUUUUGGAAAAUUUGAAUCAGUUGAAAUGGAUCAGGGUUCCGAUCUACAUAAAGGCAGUAAAUGCUCAUGGAGUGAUCGUGGCUAGAAGGGGGCUAGACGAGAACACAGCAGCUACUGGAAAAGCAUGUGUUGAAUUCACGGGACAGUUAUUGGCGUACUUGAUGCAAAAGAGCAAUUGA